GGUCCAAGAUUCAACAUCUGCUGCUUCUUCCCCCAAUGCUGCUUCUGCCCCUGCUGCAACCCCUUCUUCUCCUGCUGCCCCAUCUCAGCCUUCCACAUCCAACAGCGCCGCUUCCGAUGGAGGGAACGGCAGCAGACGGAGCAGUGGGUCGGGGACUGUGGGAGGUCCUGGAGAUGGAGGCCCUAACAGUGCUACAUCCAUCCUGUCUGGCUUUGGUGGCAUCACUGGGCUGGGCAACCUAGGGAUGGGCUCUGCCAACUUCAUGGAGCUCCAGCAGCAGAUGCAGCGGCAGCUGAUGUCCAACCCAGAGAUGCUUUCUCAGAUCAUGGAGAAUCCCUUGGUGCAGAACAUGAUGUCUAACCCUGACCUCAUGAGACAGAUGAUCAUGGCCAAUCCCCAGAUGCAGCAGCUCAUGGAGAGAAAUCCGGAAAUAAGCCACAUGCUGAAUAACCCGGAGCUCAUGAGGCAGACAAUGGAAUUGGCUCGUAACCCUGCCAUGAUGCAGGAGAUGAUGCGGAACCAGGACCGUGCUUUGAGUAACCUCGAGAGCAUUCCAGGAGGAUACAACGCCCUGCGCCGGAUGUACACGGACAUCCAGGAGCCCAUGUUUAGUGCAGCCAGGGAGCAGUUUGGCAACAAUCCUUUCUCUUCCUUGACGGGGAAUUCUGAUAACUCAAGCUCUCAGCCUUUGCGGACGGAGAACAGAGAGCCGUUACCGAACCCCUGGAGCCCCACGCCCCCUGCAUCCCAGAGCCAGGCACCCAGCAGCGAAGGGAGCACUGGCUCGGCGACCACCCAAAGCACACCGACUGUGUCCAACCCCUUUGGGCUGAACGCUGCUAGCAUUGGGGCUGGCAUGUUUAACAGUCCAGAGAUGCAAGGACUCCUGCAGCAGAUUUCUGAAAACCCUCAGCUGAUGCAGAACAUGAUCUCUGCCCCUUACAUGCGGAGUAUGAUGCAAACUCUUGCCCAGAACCCGGACUUUGCAGCACAGAUCAUGGUAAAUGUCCCCCUCUUUGCUGGGAAUCCACAGCUUCAAGAACAGCUCCGCCUUCAGCUCCCUGUCUUCCUGCAGCAGAUGCAGAACCCAGACUCCCUCUCCAUUCUCACCAACCCCCGCGCCAUGCAGGCGCUCCUCCAGAUCCAGCAGGGACUCCAGACGCUGCAAACGGAGGCCCCAGGACUAGUGCCAAGCCUCGGCUCCUUCGGCAUGCCUCGAAUGCCCCCGUCCUCCACAGGAGGAAGCACAAUCCCGGAGAACCCCGUUCCCUCCGCUUCGACGCCGGCCAGUGCCUCUCCAGCUGGGGGUGGUAACCCCCAACAGCAGCUCAUGCAGCAGAUGAUCCAGCUGCUGGCCGGAGGAAGCUCUCAAGCGCAGAGUCCUGAAGUGCGAUUCCAACAGCAGCUGGAGCAGCUGAACGCCAUGGGCUUCAUUAAUCGUGAGGCCAACCUCCAGGCGCUUAUUGCCACUGGUGGAGACAUCAAUGCAGCUAUUGAGAGACUGCUGGGCUCCCAGCCUUCCUAAACUCUUGUCCUGCUGCCCCACAGAUGUCAGCACAUGCAUCCAUACACAUGCACAGGGGGAUCUUUCAGGAAAGCCCACCAUCAUUUUCAUAUCUGACAGCUGUCCAUGUAUUUAAAACAAAAAAAAAGAUACAGCUUAACCCCUGACCUUCCUACUAAGUUAAGAUUUCAUGUUGAAAUGCUCUUUUAACUGGCUUGUAUGUGGAUUCCAGUUCUCAUCGUGGCCACAGAGACUUCAGAUGUGUAUUUUUUCCUAAAUAUGCCCUCUGUCUCAGACACUCUUCUCUCUCUCUCUCUAGAUGGUAGAGGCGAUACUUCUAGUUACUUACCUGAAUGAUUGUGUUUUGAGUAGCUUGAUUUUAACUGUACAUGAUUCCCUCCCCUAGCCCUCCUUUCAGGCAAAUAUUUAAAACUUGAGCCAAGUUUGGGUUUUUUGGUUAUUUCUCUCAGCAUCUUAUUGGGAAUGGAUCAAAAGAAAAAAAAAUUGAGAUUACCUGGAAAUUUC